AUGGAUCAAACACAACCCCUUUUUGAAAUUAAUCCUGAAGAAUAUGGAGAUCUAAUCACCAUUCUUAGCAUUGAUGGAGGAGGAAUAAGAGGGAUAAUUCCAAGCAUUAUGAUUGAGUUCCUAGAAUCCGAAAUUCAGAAACUGGAUGGGCCGGAAGCAAGAAUUGCUGACUAUUUUGAUAUAAUUGCUGGGACUAGCACUGGUGGACUUGUGACUUGCAUGCUAACUGCCCCAAAUGAAAACAAUCGCCCUUUGUUUGCUGCAAAAGAUAUCAAGAACUUCUAUCUUGAUCACUGCCCUAAAAUCUUCCCUCAACAUAACAGGGUAAUUACUGAAGCCAUAGAGAUGGUCAAAAUUUUGACUGGUCCAGAAUAUGACGGUCAAUAUUUACAUAAAAUCCUCAAAGAAAAGUUAGGAGAUACCCAUUUACACCAGACAUUAACAAAUGUAGUGAUUCCAACCUAUGAUAUCAAGCUAAGACAAACUACUAUCUUCUCUAGUUACAAAGUGAAGAAGAAUCCUAGCAUGGAUGCCUUGCUCUCAGAUAUAUGCAUAGGAACUUCAGCUGCUCCAACAUUUCUUCCAGCUUACUAUUUUGAAACCAAUGAUCCCAAAAUGGGAGUGAGGGAAUUUAAUCUAAUUGAUGGUGGUGUUGGUGAUGACAAUCCGACAAAGCUUGCUAUUGGAGAAGCAAAAAAAGAAAUCAUUCCUAGCAAAGUAAUCACCAAUGUUCGUUUUCUAGUUGUUUCCUUAGGAACUGGUUCACAAAAAAUAGAAAAUACCUAUGAUGCCAAUGAAGUGGCUAAGUGGGCUUUGCAGCAAUGGUUGACCCAUAAGGGUGAAAGUCCAUUAGAGGAUACACUUAUGGAAGCUAAGAAAGACAUAAUGGACCUUGAUAUUUGGACUGACCUUCAAAUCUUUCAGUCUCAACAAUAUUAUCUUCGAAUUCAGGAUGAUACAUUAAACAGAACAAUUUCUUCUGUGGAUAUUGCCACCAAAGAAAACUUGGAUAAUCUUGUGAAAGUUGGAGAGGAAUUAUUAGAUAAACCAGUUUCGAGGGUGAAUUUGGAUACUGGAAUUCUUGAGCCUACUAAUCAAGGUACAAAUAGAGAGGCUCUCAGCAGGUAUGUCACUAUUCUCUCACCAAAAAGAAAAAGAAAAAAGAGUAGAUCUGAUAUGGUCAUAACUUGCAUAAAACAAACUAACAAAUAUGAAAGUUAUCUAUUACAUGAUUGUUUUCACAACCCCUCUAAUGAAAUGUAA